AUGGCUUUAUCUGCACCCACUGUGGAUUUGGUGCUGGCUACUGUCGCUGCUACGAGCAUCCCUUUCCUGCGGAUUCCCCUCCACACUCUAUGGCACCACCCACAGCAACUCCCUCAAUGCGUCCUUAUGGCUCAGGUCUGCCUGAUUCUGCUGGAUCGCAUACUUCACACUUCAGCUAUGGAUAUCCACGGGCGCUUGAGAGCUAUCAUCACACAAUGCAUCCGCACUCAGAUUCGACUUCAUUUCCCUUGGGCAACAAUCAAGGGAACCAACCUUCCGUACGAUUUGCCAACACCUUUCCCGGGUCUUAUUCAACGAACCAGACGCCAAUUCACUCUGUUCCUCCAACUCCGACCCCUCCAGCUGGCAGUCGUGGUACAAAACGACGUGCGGGUCAGCAUCCUGACGCCUCGUCGUCAAAACGAAGAAAUACUCGCGCCGACAAAGAAAACGUAG